AAACAAAUCUCCACUUUUACAAAUCCAAUCAGGUAAAAAGUUGCACCCAUACCCAAAAUUGCAACUUAUGUUGCGCAUCUUCGAAGUGAAAAAUUAAGCGCAUUGAAUUCACCUUAAUUCAUCAAUCGACCCAUUAUCAGCCCAACUAUGGCUAUACCGUCACUCAAUUGGAGAUACCUCUUGUUUGUAUCUAUUGGGCUUCGAUUCAUCUUUGCGUUAUCUAAUUCGUAUAUUCAUCCAGAUGAACAUUUCCAAUCCUUACAAGUACUAACUAAUAGAGUACUUAAUUUCUCCACAUCAAUUCCUUGGGAGUUCUCAUCGUCAGCUCCAGCUAGAAGUUUGGGACCUUUAUAUUUACUAUAUGGACCAUUACUAUACUUUAUCAAGUUUUCUGGGGUAUCAUUAACUCCUUUACAAAUUUGGUAUUUGGCUAGAUUACAAAAUGUUAUUAUAGGGUGGUUAAUUACUGAUUUCUGUUUAUAUCGUAUAUUACCUACUAAACCUGAACGAGUUAAAGCUAUAUUUUUUACACUGACUUCAUAUAUAACGUUAGUCUAUCAAUCACAUUUGUUUUCCAACAGUAUUGAAACGUAUUUGGUCUUGGUAUCUGUUCUCAUUAUUGAUGACCUAAGAUCAGCACUUGAAUCCAAUGAUCAAGAAUCAUAUCACAGUAAAUUAUUCUGGUUAGGGACCAUCAUAUCAAUUGGAUUGUUUAAUAGAGUCACAUUUCCUGUAUUUAUCAUUAUACCUUUAUGGUUCGUGUUCAGAUAUAUUUGGACACAUAAAUUGUCAAUUGUAUUCAUAAUCAUUGGCUUUGCUAUCCCUACUGCGAUAUUCAUCUUGAUCGAUACAUUCUGUUUCACUUCAUUAUCAUUAUCAUUUGACAACUUCGACUUAUCACAACUAGUCAUCACUCCAUUAAACAAUUUGAUCUAUAAUUCCAGCUAUGACAAUUUAUCUCAUCAUGGAAUCCAUCCAUUCUAUAAUCAUAUUGCUGUUAAUCUUCCUCAAGUGGUGGGUCCUUCAGGGUUAUUAUUUUUAUUUACAAGUAGACAAUACUGGAAAACCACUCCAUUCUUAAGUUUGAUUGGAGGUAUACUCUUUUUAUCAUUAAUUCCUCAUCAGGAAUUACGGUUCCUUAUCCCUAUCCUUCCAUUGGCAUGUUCCUGCUUUAAUCUCUAUGCGUUCAUAGAUAAAGACCAACAUAAGUCCAAUUGGAAAUCUUCAAUUCUAAUCAAUGGAUGGUACUUAUUCAAUAUUAUCUUGACGAUAUUAAUGGGAGUAUACCAUCAAGGAGGAGUUAUUCCAGCUUUAGACUAUUUCUAUUCAGAAAGUGAUACUACUGAAUAUGUCCAGAUUUGGUGGAGAACAUAUUCACCUCCAACUUGGUUCUUAGGAGAUACCGACUCCCAAUUACAGUGUAUAACUUUGAAUGAUGACAACUUUAGUCAGGGUUAUCAAUUAGACUCUACUAAAUCAAAAUUUGUCAUUGAUACUAUGGGUAUUGAUUACGAUAAAUUACUUGAAUUAAUCAAACUGAUACAGAAAGAAAUGAGUACUAGUUCUAACGCAAAACCCAUCUAUUUAAUUACUCCAUCUGCUUCUUUUAAUACUGUCCAUUUAUCCAAUGAUAAUCAAUACCAAUUGAUCUGGAAUUAUGAUUAUCACUUGGAUUUAGAUCAUUUAGAUUUCCACAACAUUGAAAGUUUAAAGCCAGGGUUAGGGGUCUAUCAAUUAAUUUAAAGAAUAUAGAAAUAUAAUGUACAUAUAAGACUUAUUUAUAGAAAUCAAAUUUAUCAUGUUCACUACCAGUUUUAACUUGAGCAGUAUAUGCUUCUUCUAAAUCAACUUGUAAGAUCAUAUAUCUAUUUUUUCUAACUGCUCUUAAACCUGCUUCUUGCAUAAUAGCAGCAAUUACAGCUCCAGAUAAUGGAUCAUUUCU